AUGCGAACACGUUCUCAGGCUCGUAAAGAAGCAUUGGUUAAGGAAGAAACAGAAGUGAGUAUUACAAUGGAUGAUCAACCACCAGCAGUUAAUGAUACUAAGGCUCUUAAGGCUUUCUCUGAGCCGAAAAUCAAUGACAUUCAGUCGAGCAUUGUCAGCUAUGGUGAAACUCUUUGUGAAGCAUGGGAACGCUACAAAGAGAUGCUUCGGAAGUGCCCACAUCAUGGGAUGCCUGAUUGGAUGGCUAUCAAUUGCUUCUAUAAUGGCUUGGGUCCUCAAUCGAGACCAAUGCUCGAUGCGGCAUCAGGUGGAGCUCUAUUGACUAAGAGCUAUGAGGAGGCUUAUGAGUUGAUCGAGAUGAUGGCUGCAAAUGAAUAUCAGAAUCCUACUCAGCGUCUUCAUCAGGGCAAGGCAGCAGGGAUUCUGGAUGUUGAUGCUACUACAGCCUUGACUGCGCAAAUCAAGGCUCUUACUAUGAAGAUGGAUUCUUUGGUAAACUUGGGGAUUCAGCAGCCACCUUCAGUUUGUGAGCUUUGUGCGGGUACACAUUCCACUGAUCAGUGUGCCAUAUCUAGCGAGUCAGCUCAGUUUGUGAGCAAUUUUCAGCGAUCUCAGCAGCCAGCUCCGGCUACUUAUCACCUGAAUAAUCGAAAUCAUCCGAAUUUCAGCUGGAGCAAUAAUCAGAACUUCAUGCCACAACAGCAACAGCAGUUUCAGCAGCAAGGGGCUAGACCUUUCAACCCUUAUGGUUUUCAACAACAGUUUGCACCGAAGCAGCAAUUCCAUCCACCUAGAUUCCAACAACAAAAUCAUUGGGUGGCUGGACAGUCUUCCAACGAAAGAUCUGAAUGGGAAGAGAUGAAAUUAAUGAUUAAAAGCCAAGCGGUUACGAAGGAUAAAGAAUCAGCAACAGAGCGAAACAAGGAAGAGAGUGAACAACAAGUUGAAACACCCGUACUCCCAUCUGAGUCUGAUAGUGGAAAAACUGUUGUUGAAGCUGACAAGACUAAAAUCAACGAAGAAGCAAACAAGGAUUCAGCCGAAAAGUCUAUCCCGAAAACUGAUACUGGAGUCAAGCAAGUAUAUCCACCUCCACCUUUUCCGAAGAGACUUCAAAAGCAUAAGCUCGACAAACAAUUCGCAAAAUUUCUAGAGGUCUUCAAGAAAUUACAAAUCAACAUACCUUUUGUGGAGGCUCUGGAACAAAUGCCGAGUUAUGCUAAAUUCAUGAAAGGCAUUCUAUCUCGAAAACUCAAACUCGAGGAAUUGGAAACUGUGGCUUUGACUGAGGAAUGCAGUGCGGUGUUACAGCAGAAAUUGCCUCCGAAGCUGAAAGAUCCGGGAAGCUUCACAAUCCCGUGUACUAUUGGGCAAUAG